GUCACAGGGAACGCACGUGCAAAGCUGACUGCUGCGCGCCUGCCAACGCGGAAGUGCAACUGCUUUAUGCUCUUUUUGCAGUCAUGCACGAGCAGAAAGCAGAGAUGAGCAUCUCAAACAUAUUUUUUAUCGUGGCUGUGGCGUUAUUGACCCGAGUCUGUGCGCUGGAUAACGGCCUGGCGAUAACUCCCAUCAUGGGCUGGUUGCACUGGGAGAGAUUCAUGUGUAACAUCGACUGUGAUGCGGACCCCCAAAACUGCAUAAGAGAGGAGCUGUUCAUGGAGAUGGCAGAUGUGAUGGUGAAGGAGGGAUGGAAGGAUGCUGGAUAUGAGUAUGUGUGCAUUGAUGACUGCUGGCCCACACACAACAGGGAUGCCCAGGGCCGUCUGCAAGCCGAUCCCAAAAGGUUUCCUAGUGGGAUCAAAAAAUUGGCUGAUUAUGUUCAUGCCAAAGGUCUGAAGCUGGGAAUAUAUGCAGAUGUGGGCGAAUACACAUGUGAACAUUACCCUGGGAGUUUGGGUUACUAUGACAUUGAUGCAAAAACCUUUGCGGAGUGGGGCGUGGAUCUGUUAAAAUUUGAUGGUUGCUUUAUGCCUGAUUGGCAUCUGUUUGGAGAAGGCUAUACAAACAUGUCAAGAGCUUUAAACCAGACCGGAAGAGGAAUUGUGUACUCCUGUGAAUGGCCAUUAUAUGAGUGGGAUUAUCAGCAGCCUGAUUAUGAGGCUAUUCGCAAGACCUGUAACCACUGGCGAAACUAUGGAGACAUCUUUGACCAGUGGGCAAGUGUGAAAAGCAUCCUGGACUGGACAGCUGAUCAUCAGAAGAUCCUGGUACCAAUAGCAGGACCUGGUGGAUGGAAUGACCCUGAUAUGCUGAUCAUAGGGAACUUUGGCCUGAGCCAUGAUCAACAGCAGACUCAGAUGGCCUUCUGGGCUAUUAUGGCAGCCCCACUCCUGAUGUCCAACGACCUGCGAAACAUUUGCCCCAAAGCCAAAGAACUACUGCAAAACAAACAGAUCAUUGCCAUCAGCCAGGACCCUCUGGGCCAACAGGGCUAUCGAACUAUCAAGUCUGACAAUUUUGAGGUAUGGGAACGGCCCUUGUCACGUAACAGACUGGCCCUAGCAGUGAUAAAUAGACAGGAGAUCGGCGGCUCACGCAGAUUCAUCAUUUCUUUGGCGACGCUGCCCAGUUGGCAGAUCUGCAAUCCAAAGUGCAAUGUAACGCAGAUCCUGCCCAUGUACAAGGAAUUGGGUGUCCAGGAUCUCUUGUCAGAGUUGGUGGUCCGAGUCAAUCCUACAGGAACAGCGCUUCUCACUGUUAACCCUCUGAAAGGCAAACCUGAUGACACCCUGUGAAAUGACUUAAAAAAGUGAACCAAAACCAAGGAAGUUUAAGCAGAGAAAAGGGAAAGUUACUAAUGUGAUGGAGUUGCAGUUUCUAUAAAAUGCUUUAUUGAAAUAUACAGAAUCAGGUUUUAACGUUUUGUUUAAAGCAGUGGUUCUCAAACUGGGGGCCGCGAGAUGAUGCCAGGGGGCCCCACUUUUAUGACAUUUUAUAAAAUACAUUUAUUUUUCAUGAACUCUGUGUAAUUAAACCUAAAAAAAUAGGGCUACUAACCAACAGCACUACUUUGGAUGAAUCAAUAUGUUUUGUUUAAUUAAAAUGUUACAUUUUAGAACAGUUUUUUGUAUUAAAUUUUCUUUGGGGGGGGUGAGAAGGAAUGCACCGUACACAAGGGGGGCCACACGCAGAAAAAGUUUGAGAACCACUGAUUUAAAAUAUGCAUCUAGGAAUUACAUGAAGUUAGACAUCAUUUUAUACUGAAUAUUAAACUAAUUCACAAAGCACUUUAACUUAAAUAUAUAAUCACUUUUUUCUGAUAAUCGCUACUCUGUACCCAAGUUUGUAUACAAACUUUCUAUACCAACAGAACUCAUACUGUACUGUGAUUUUAAGAAACUGUACUGCCAAACUUUGUAACUGACCUCAGGGAGUUUUUUUUUUAAAUAGUUGGGUGUUGUUUGGAAAAUCAAAUAAAGGAUUUGUGAACAAUU